UGCCGCCAGAAAGGUGAAGGCAGCAGAGUGUCACUGAAAAAGAGUGAUCAUCAUCAACCCAAUUCAGACAAUGGUGGCGGCUAUGGCUUCUCACGUCUCGACGCCACGAUCACCUGCUCUUUCCCUCUCCUCUUCAUCGACCUUCUCUUCCAGAACUACUCUCACUCGAUCCUCCGCCGUCUCACUCUCUUCUGCAAGUUUCUCCUCCAUCCGUCUUCGUGUCUCCUGUCAAGCCUCCUCCGUCACUUCCGAUGUGAAAGGGAAAUCUGAACUGAAAAGACUUUCUGGCCAUAGAUGAUUAUGACAUUGUUGAAGUCAGGAGAGAGGAACUAUCAACCUUUCAAAAGGCAAGUCCAUGUCUAUGAUCUUCGCAAAGCCCUCAAUGAGGACUCAUGUUUCGUUCGAGACUGGCUUCUUCUUGCUUGGUGGCCAUGCCUUGUAUCUUGGACCAGAUGACAUCCAGAUGGGCAAGCGUGAGGAGACUCGUGAUGUUGCUCGUGUUCUCUGUCGAUAUAAUGACAUCAUUACGGCUCGUGUCUUUGCUCAUCAGGACAUUCUUGAUUUGGCUAACUACUCUAGUGUACCAGUUGUCAACGGUCUCACAGAUCAUAACCAUCCUUGUCAAGUCAUGGCCGAUGCCCUCACAAUCAUUGAGCACAUUGGUCAAGUCGAAGGGACUAAGGUUGUCUAUGUUGGAGAUGGGAACAAUAUGGUCCACUCAUGGUUAGAAUUGGCAUCCGUUAUUCCAUUCCAUUUCGUCUGCGCUUGCCCAAAAGGGUUUGAACCAGACAAAGCAAGAGUUCUAAAGGCAGAACAAGCUGGAUUAAGUAAGAUAGAGAUCGUAAAUGAUGCUAAAGAAGCUAUAAUAGGAGCUGAUGUUGUGUGCUCAGACGUAUGGGCCAGUAUGGGGCAAAAGGAUGAAGCUGAAUACCGCCUUAAAGCAUUCCAAGGAUUCCAUGUGGAUGAAGCUCUUAUGAAGUUGGCUGGACCAAAAGCCUAUUUCAUGCAUUGUUUGCCUGCAGAAAGAGGAGUGGAGGUGACUAAUGGAGUCGUGGAGGCUCCUUAUUCCAUUGUCUUCCCACAGGCGGAGAAUCGCAUGCAUGCUCAAAAUGCUAUAAUACUUCAUUUGCUCGGCUUUUAAACCCCUUUUGAAACCUUAAUGAAUAAUAAUGUUGAUGCCAUCAUCGUGCUAGU